AUGGAGACCAGCCCACGCCAGCCCGCCAGUCAGCCCAAACGCCAACACGCAAACAACAGACAUCAACACCCCCCCCCACCAAUAGACCCCACCACCCCAACCCAAACCCGCACAAACACACCACCGCCCAAACAACCGAGAUACAGCAUCCAGACCAGACAAAGGGGCCGCGCCGCCACCGCAUCAAGUCACCAACACAGACUCCACAGCGCAAGGCGACAACCAGGAACUAAGGCUAGGAGGCCACCACCCUCCCCCACGGCCCGUGACCUACACCAGACCUCUUUAAGAGGACACCAUGAGAGUCCACCCCCUGCCAAACAAAGCCAGCACCCGCCCACCCCAACCCAGCCCUCCAGAGCCCAUACCGCAACGUGCCCAUAUGAGUCCCGGCCAGGGGACGGAGCCCCCCAAUGGAAGAAGAAGCCAAUGCAUCCCGUCCGCACGUCAGCUUUCAAACCAGCCGGCAACCCAACGCCAGCCAUCACCCACAACCCCACAGGCGCGCAGACACCAAUCACAGUCCCACAACCACUCCAACCUAACACACCAAUGCCAACAGCCGGUAGCACCACAGCUACCAUCACCACUACCGCCCGCUCACACCAGGCCAAUCGAGCCACCGUUCAUCCACCCCGGACGACCAAGCACCCCAACGCACCGCCGACCACGCCCAGCGUCACAGCCCCAUACAGACUUAGACAGCGCCGGGGAAUGCCGCCGGGAGGUGAGCAGCACGCAGCCGCCCAGGAACGAGGAGGAAACGUCCCGCAACCCAGCGCGCAGUAG